UAGCCUGUGCAACAAAACCGAGGCGAAGUGUCGCGAGUUGGCACUACUGUGAGCGUAGUAAACAUUAAACAAGCUGUUAGCGCAGUACUUGUGUCCUCCGUCGAAAAUAUAUUUGUGGGUGCAAUGGUCUUCUUGAAUACUAUUUUGCUAGCUAGAAACAGAGGACCAGAUGAAUUCUGGCGAAAAAGAAGAAUUUUUAAAUUGGCUGCUCAUUUCCGUGGGCGAAGGAGGAAUUGUUACUCUGUAGCAGUGCGAUAUGUCCACAGAGCUUUAGUGUAUGCUACAAAAGGAAGACGGUUAAAGAAGGCUGAUGCUGCACAGCUAUGGGAACAACGUGUAACAGCUGCAUGUGAAGAACUUGGUUUCCGGUAUCCUCUGCUAAGGGAGGCAUUGGCUCGAAUGAAUAUACUACUCAAUAGAAAAACGCUUGCGGAUUUGGCUGUGUGGGAACCUCGGACAUUUAAAUCGUUGGUGAAUCUGUCCUGGAAAAAGGCAUCAGAGGAUGGGCUGGCUGGUGUAGCAGAUCUUGGAUCUCCUCCUCCUGGAGUUAUCACGAGGGGCAUGCUCAAAUAGUGUUUAAUUUGUGCCUCAUAGUAGCUGGCCAGUUCUUUACAACAAAGAGAACUGUUUAAUCACAUCUGGUGCAUCACCAGACAUUCUUGUUGUUUGUAUUAUUUCUUGUUUAACAAUAAAACAGUUUAAAUAAGAUUUUAA